AUGACAUCGUUCCAAAUCCAAGAUUCCGACCUAACGGGCUUUCAGGGCAAAGUUGCCGUCAUAACGGGUGGGUCAUCAGGCAUCGGCCUCGCCACAGCCGAACUAUUGGUCUCUUUAGGCGCACUAGUCGUCACUGGCGAUAUUCAGGCACCACCGGCGUCUUUGGCUGACUGUCACUUCGUCCAAAUCGAUGUCAGGCGCUGGAGCGAUCUAACGAAACUGUUUAAAGCCACGAAAGAGAAGCAUGGCCGAAUUGACUUUGUAUUCGCCAAUGCCGGCAUUGGACCAAGGGCCAAUUAUCUGGCUCUUGAAAUCGACGAAAAUGGCGACCCCAAGGAACCAAAUGAGGACACUCUAGACAUCAACCUCGACAGCGUUGUCAAGACUGUGACGCUCGCUGCUCACUACAUGAAGAGCCAGGCCGAGGGUGGAUCUAUCGUCAUCAUGGGGUCCAGCACCGGCUUGCAUCCCGUCCGCGCUGUCGAUUAUUCGACGGCCAAAGCGGGUGUUCUAGGCUUUGGUAGGAGUUUUGCGCUUUUGGUAAAAGCUGCUGGUCUACCUAUCCGCGUUAACACACUCGCCCCUUCAUGGACGGCAACUCAGGUCUUGCCCGAUUUGAAGGGCCUCCUAGACGCGGUCUCGCAGAACUGCCAGUCUACCUCAGUGGUUGCCCGGGCAGCCGCGUAUUUGAUGGUAGACAAGUCUCGGCAUGGUGAUCUCAUCUUUGCCUGCGAUGGUAAAUACACAGAGAUCGAGAAGGCCGUACUUGCGCCAGCAUAUGCAACCAUCAAAGGAGAUGGACUGAGUGACGAUGCCGUUCUUGCGAAGGUUAUGGCUUUAGGCAGUUAG